CUGAGGAGCACAGAACAGUCAGGGAAGCAGAGAUGGCGGAUAGUAUCCAGCAGCAGCUGGCCCAAAAUUUGGAGUUAAUGACGAAGGAGCAGCUGAAGGAGUUCCAGCGGUUGCUGCCUGACCAGGAUCUCUGCAAGCAGUCUCCUGGUGUGCCCACAACUCAACCAGAGAAGGUGGAUAGCAUGGAGGUGGCCUCACUCCUGGUGGCUCAAUACGGGGAGCAGCAGGCCUGGGUCCUAGCCCUGCAGACCUGGGAGCUGAUGGGUCUGAGUGAGCUGUGUGCCCAAGUCUGGAAAGAGGCAGCCUUGGAGUCAGGAAUCACAGAAAAAUUCCAGAAGCAAAAGAGAGAGAGUCCCUACCCCACACAGUCAUGGAAAAAUGAGGAUAUCCAACAAAAAUUCACACAACUGCUACUUCUACACAGAUCUCAACCCAGAGGAUAUUAUCUGCCGCUCUGGAUGAUGAAACAUGAGGUGACAGAGAAUCAAAAACAUUUUAUUGAGGUCGGAGACUUAUUUGGCCCAGACCCAGGUACCCAGGAAGAGGCUCUCACAGUCAUAUUGCAUGGGGUUGCUGGAAUCGGGAAGUCCACCCUGGCCAGGCAGGUGAGGAGAGCCUGGGAGGAAGGCAGGCUGUACAGGGACCGCUUCCAGCAUGUCUUCUACUUCAACUGCAGAGACCUGGCCCAGUCCAGGACAAUGAGUCUUGCUGAGCUCAUCUCCAAAGACUGGGCUGGCCCUGCAGCUCACAUUGGACAGAUCCUGUCUCAGCCAGAACAGCUGCUCUUCAUUCUUGAUAACUUGGAUGAACCAAAAUGGGACUUUAAGGAGCAGAGUUCUGAGCUCAGUCUGCACUGGAGCCAGCAGCAGCAGGUGCACACACUGCUGGGCAGUUUGCUGAAGAAAACCUUACUUCCUGGGGCUUCCCUGCUCAUCACAGCUCGGAUCACAGCUCUGGGGAAGUUCAUUCCCUCUUUAAAGCAGCCACACUGGGUGGAGGUCCUGGGAUUCUCUGAGUCAGCCAGGAGGGGCUAUUUCUACACAUACUUCACAGAUGAAAGCCAAGCAGUUAGAGCCUUCAACUCAGUCGAAUCAAACCCAGCACUCUUGUCCAUGUGUGUCAUGCCCUUGGUGUCCUGGCUGGUCUGCACUUGCCUGAAGCAGCAGAUGGAUCACGGGCAAGAACUCUCACUGACCUGCCAGACGACCACUGCCCUCUGUCUGCACUACUUUUUCCACAUUCUCCAAGUUCAGUCUCUUGGGACUAAGCUCCGGGACUUCUGCUCUCUGGCUGCUAAGGGCACCAGGCAAGGAAAGACCCUCUUCAGCCCUGAAGACCUCAGAGAAAAUGGGUUAGAUGAGGACAUCACCUGCACUCUCUUAAAGAUGGGUGUUCUUCAGAAGCACCCCAGCUCUCUGAGCUACAGCUUCAUGCACUUGUGUUUCCAGGAGUUCUUUGCAGCAAUGUCCUGUGCUUUAGGGGAUGAGGAGUUAAUAAGCAUCAGAAGCAUGAGAGACUUGACAGAGGGAUAUAAGAUGGAGGACAUGUUUGGGGACCCAACUACAUGUUUUCUAUUUGGACUUUUGAGUGAGCAGGGGAUGAGAGAAAUGGAGAGCAUCUUCAAAUGCCAGCUGUCUCAGGACAGGCAUUACAAGCUGCUAAGCUUGGCCAAGACAGAGGUCAACUUCAUACAACCAGACCUAGAGUCAUAUUGUUGGGACUUGCCCCACUGUUUUUAUGAGAUUCAGGACAAAGGUUUUCUGACAGAAGUGAUGUCUGAUUUCUCUGGAACAAGUACAUGUGUCCAAACUGAAAUGGAGCUCCUGAUGUUCACUUUCUUCUUUAAAUUCUGCCAGCAGGUGAAGAGGCUUCAACUAAACGAAGAUGGACCACACAAACAAACCUGGAGGCUCUCCAAUGUAGUUCUGUCCAGCUUGAGCCCAUUUACAGAUGCCUGGUGGCAGAUUUUCUUCUCCAUUUUCUAUGUUGAUGGGAGCCUGCAGGAGCUGGACUUGAGUGGAAACUUCCUGAGCUGCUCUGCAGUGCACAGUGUCUGUGAGGCCCUGAAAUGUCCUCACUGCCACCUGGAGACCCUGAGGUUGGCUGACUGUGGCCUCACAGCAGAGGGCUGCCAGGACCUGGCCUGUGGGCUGAGCGCCAGCCAAAACCUGACUGAGCUGGACCUGAGCUUCAACAAGCUCCUGGACAACGGGGCCCAGCACCUUUAGCAGAAGCUGCAAAAGUCCAGCUGCAAGCUGAAGGGCCUGCUGCUGGUCAGCUGUGGCCUCACAUCUGCCUGCUGCCAGGACGUGGCCUCCAUGUUCAAGGGCUGCCCCAGACUGACAGAGCUGGACCUGAGGCAGAACAACCUGGGUGACCUCGGUGUGAGGCUGCUCUGUAAAGGGCUCAGGCAGCCCAUCUGCCAACUGAGGCUCCUGCACCUGGACCAGACCCAGCUGAGUCAGCAGGUGACAGAGAUGCUGAGGGCCCUGAGUCUGGAGAAGCCUCAGCUGCUCAUGGACAGUGGGGAGUCAGAACUACACCCUAGUUCUGGCCUGGUGGAAUCCUUCUGUCUGUCUUCUGAGACUCUGGGUGAUCUACCAGUGAAGCCUGCAGGGACUGAAGAUGACUUCUGGGGCCCCACAGGGUCCGUGGCUCCUGAGAUGGUUGACAAAGACAAGAGUCUAUACCGAGUUCACUUCCCCAUGGCUGGCUCCUACCAUUGGCCCAACAUGGGUCUCCACUUUGUGGUGAGGAGGCCAGUGACCAUUGAGGUUGAAUUCUGUGCCUGGAGACAGUUCCUGGACCAGAUUGACCCACAGCACAGCUGGGUGGUGGCAGGGCCUCUGUUUGACAUCAAGGCUGAACCAGGGGCUGUGGCAGCUGUGUACCUCCCUCACUUUGUAGAUCUCCAAGGAGAAAAUAUGGACAUGUCCUGGUUCCAAGUGGCCCACAUGAAAGAGGAGGGGAUAGUCCUGGAGAAGCCAUCCAGGGUGGAGCCCCACUACGCAGUCCUGGAGAACCCCAGCUUCUCCCCCAUCGGAGUUCUACUGAGAAUUAUCCAUGCUGUCCUGCCCAUUCCCAUCACCUCCAAUGUGCUGCUCUACCAUCACCUCCAGCAUGAGGAAGUGACCUUCCACCUCUACCUGAUUCCCAAUGACUGCUCCAUUUGCAAGGCCAUAGAUGAUGAAGAAAAGAAGUUUCAGUUUGUGCGACUACACAAGCCGCCCCCAAUGACCCCACUCUACAUGGGCUCCCGAUACACCGUGUCUGGUUCAGAGGAGAUGGUAAUAAUCCCUCAGGAACUGGAGCUCUGCUAUCGGAACCCUGGGGAAGCCCAGCUCUUCUCUGAAUUACAUGUUGGCCAUUUGAAGUUAAAGAUCAGGCUGUACCUAAGACACAAGGAAGAAGGAACUCUGGUGUGGGAGGCCUUGGUGAAAUCAGGAGACCUCAGACCUGAAGCUACUCUGGUCCCUGCACACCAUACAGAUGCCCCAGCCUUACUGCACUUUGUGGACCGGCAUCGGGAGCAGCUGGUGGCUCGAGUGGCUUUAGUGGACCAAGUCCUGGACAAGCUAUAUGGACAAAUGCUAAGUGACGAGCAGUAUCAGAAGGUGCGGGCUGAGUCCACCAAUCCAGCCAAGAUGAGGAUGCUGUUCAGCUUCAGCAGCAGCUGGAACAAGACACGCAAAGAUAAACUCUACCAAGCCCUGAAGGAGUCUGACCCUCACCUGAUUAUGGAUAUCUGGGAGGGGUGGGGCCAUGGAGGAGAACCAUGA